AAUAGGUCGUCAUUUGAACUUUAAGGGCCAAAUGACCAUUACCAGAGACAGUAGUCGGUCCUACAAGCCUACUAGGAGUUCGUAUGUGUCAGUUUUUUUUUUAUUUUCGUGAGUUUGGUGGUGACAGUGAACCUAAGUGCCUUAUAGUUUGUUAUGUUUUAUAAUUGUUUCUAUUGAUCAAAUAUAUUUUGUUUAUUUGAUAUUGUUUCAUCAAGGAGGAGAAUUUUUCGGAUUUAUUAAAAGAUUUAAAUAGUUGACACAAUGUCGUUCAGUGAAGACGAAUAUGAUCAACCCACAAUGCAAGAACCCCACGUCUCAAUGUCAAAAGCCGAACUAAGAAAAACUCACAAACCUUUGAUGGAGAAGAGACGAAGAGCUCGAAUCAAUAAUUUUUUAAACGAAAUCAAAAAUCUCAUAUUGGAAGCCAUGAAUAAAGACCCUGCUCGUCAUACAAAACUGGAAAAAGCAGACAUUCUCGAAAUGGCAGUCAAACAUCUCCAAAACGUCCAACGUCAACAACUUGCCUUAGCCAUGGCCACUGAUCCGUCAGUGGUACGGAAAUUCAAAUCAGGCUUCAACGAAUGUGCUACCGAAAUUGACAGAUAUCUGGUUAAAAAUGACGCAAUAGAAAAAGGAGUCAGGGAUAGAGUUACAAAUCACCUUCACAAAUGCAUCAACAGCCUGGACCAUGCCAAUCAAUUUUCAUUACAACCUACAGGAAAUAUUUCUAUGAUACCUUCCGGGGCAUUUUUCUCAACUACCAGUCAAGACUCUCAAUCUGGAGACCAAAAUAAUAACCCUAGAGUGCAGAUACCCCAAGGAAUCCAACUAAUCCCAAGCAGACUACCUACAGGAGAACUAGCUCUUCUUGUCCCAAACUCAUCAAACUUAUCGUAUUUUCCAUCUACAACCCUUCCACAAAGAUCAAGUGCUUUUGUAACUGUCACUUCGCAAACUGUCGAGCCUCCUAGGUCUGUGAGUCCAGAUAGAAGUCCUGCAGAACCUGUAACUCUUUCUCCCAAAGGCUUCAGACCGGUGCAUCCGAACAUAGUCCGUCCAAAACCAAGCUACAUUGGUGAAGAUCAUCAAGUACCACAAAUAAGUUCAACCGUAGAACAAACUAACAAAGAAAAACACUGUUCAUCUUCUGGUGAUCUGAAAACUGUGCGAUUCCCGAUGCAGAAAAACUUAGAUAAAGAAAAGAAAGCUUUUGAACAUAUUAGUGUGAUCAAGAAGGUUUCAGAACCGCUGUGUACAAUCACUAAUCAGGCAGAACGGUUUAGACAAGCUCAGCAAAAAGAAGAUUCAGUUUAUCUUGAAGAGAAUCAAACAAAUUCACGUGGUGUUAAGAGGUCUUUUAGUGAGAUAAAUCAAGGAAUCUCUAUCACAGUCUGUCAAGAGUCUAGACCAAGCAAAUUAAUCAAAACUUCACAUCAUGUUGUUCCUUCAUCUACACUAGUUCAUCCGGCAAGUGAACCGUUUCAGGAAGGUCAAAGAUCUUCGUUGCUUCUCGCAAUUUCAAAAAGGAAUAUCGAUUUUUCGUCUCAUUCUCAUGAAGAAUCGAGACCUUUUGAGUUGUUUAAUCCGUUAAAUCAAGAACCUCAAAGACUGGAACACAGAAACGAACAGUAUAAUGAACUGAAUGAGAGAAAUGCUGAAUCAAACGAUAUGUGGAGGCCUUGGUGACAUUAGUAUAUAGUAAUUGUAAUUUUAAAUUGUCAAUAUUGCUCAAAAUAUUUGUCCAGUGAUAUGCAACUAUGAAAAGCUUUAAUUUCACUUUUUAGUACAAUUUAGAAUGUAAGUUGGGUGAACGCACACAUCACAUUAUAAAGUUCUAGAAUGCUUGUUUGU